AUGUCGAAGCGGUCCGACGAUUGGAAGAGUAAACUAAAAUUUGCAUCUAUGACCCGAGUGAACAAAUGCGAUCGCGACACAUUGAGCGAUAGCUCUCCGGAGCGGCUAUCGACGACGAGGAAGCCAAGGACUCACUUCGAACAGAUAUACUGUGGUCACCUUAAAGGUAGGCCGUUGCGUAGACGGCGCAAACGAGUAUCGCUAGGCGACGGGUCCGAAGAAGAACAGCUAGUUUCAACGGUCAGUCUAGCCAUAAGAACUCCGGAAAACAUAGCGCUAUCGCUAGAUGAAAUGAUUCUAUUAGAAGCCGAGCAUCAUAUCAGCGAGUAUAAGUCAACCUUGAGACAUUUUCGAGAGAAACAUUUAGAUGAUCGGAAAUGUCUCAUAUGUAACGAAGAUCUCUUACAUGAGAUACAUCUUCGCAGGCACGCGCAGGAUGUUCAUCGUCUCAACACUCAACGGUCAGGUUGCAGUCCAGUGAAGAAGCGGCGGGGGGCCUGA